GUUGCGGCAAGAUAGAUCCGGAUGGUGCAGCGAGGUUGCGCAUCAAUCCUCAGAACAACGCGCUAACCUUGCAAAGAAAGAAAAGGGGGGAACUAAACGGCUACCCAAUAAGGUAGGCUGUGCACCUUCGCUGAUGUGUGAUUUCGUCACUGCUGCGUGUCAAAAAAUGGAUGCACUCAUACUGGUUCUCCGGAUUGAUGUGGCAACAUCUUCAACCAUUGAGCUUAAUGGAGAAAACUAAAGGAGUCCUUCUAAGAUGACACUUACAGGACCACCUGACAUACUGGUAUCAAGUGUGCAUCGAGACAUAACAGUGAGCCCCAUUUCUCCACUCUCUAAAUCCUUGCAAGAAGAAUGUAAUUCUUUCAAUUGCAGCACACUGGAAGACAAGAAGAGCAAGGUCAAUAAGCGGCACUGCCGUACUUUUGAAUAUAAAUCAUUGCCAAAACAUCACAACUACUCAAUGCAUUCCCCAUACAAGAGGACUGAUAGGCAUGGCGCUAACCCAGAUAUUGUUUGGAAUGCCCUGGGCCACCAGCAGAGGUACCGCUUUUCUGCUCCAGACAUUUUCAGCCAUAGGCUACCAUCUCAACCAAUGGAUGCGGACAUGAACAAUGAGCCUGCUGUCCAUGUCCAAAAACGAAGGACAAGGUCAAAAAGUGCUCCCCGGGUCCAAACCAGUCUCACUCCUGUAUCGAUUGAGUCCCUAUCCUCAGGAAAAAAGGGAAGAGAGUCCCGAUGGACUUCUGGAGAAUCUCACUGGAGACCUGAAGUAUCACUGAGUAAGGAGUCAUCCUAUGCAGCAAAUAGAACCCAUGGACAUGAAAUUCAUCCUGUUAGACUUCAGCCUCAAAUGAGUGAUAACAACAGACACUGGCCUCAUUAUCCUGCUGAUAAUUAUGAGGAGGCACUGCUGGACAAACCGGUAACUAGUCAUCAUGUCAGAUGUCGGGUGGACAUUAAACCAAAUAAUUCAGCGCCACAUCACCCUGGACAGAAAAAACCCACCUCUUCAAUAGACAUACCCUGGCAAAGGCACCACAAUGGGGGGAGUAGGAGCCUGACUGUUCCCCGUCAUUUUUCCUAUUCCAGAACCCCAACUCCCACUGACUCGUUGGGUAGAGAGAGUCGUCAAACCUCUCAAUAUUCCUGCAGUCUGCCAAAUAAGUACAUCCAUCAAGUGGAAGUUCCUUUUGACAUGAUGCUUUCAUCUGGUUAUCAAAGGGAAAACAGAGCUCAUUCCAGUCCAAACAUGCCAACCCAAUUCUUUUAUGAAGAUGAUCCUGGGAGAUAUGUUACUACUGUUCCGCCUCAGCCAAGUUCUUAUUUCUAUGACCGUUACACACCAGGACAAACCUCCAAAUGUGUACAUGAAAAAAGAGGUCAAACAGCACAUGCUCUGGGUACAAGACCUUAUUAUACUGAAAUGGAGCACUAUCCAUACACUGUACAGGUAGGGUAUCCAAAGACCUAUACAGCAAAUGAUCCAGGCCCAUAUAUCAUACAACCACCACCAGCAAGAAUUUUUUAUGGGGAUGAUCCAAGGUCUUACCAAAUUCAGACGGCUCCUCCAAGGUUUUAUUAUUCAAGUGACAUGCAUGCCAUGCCACCACAGCACCAUAUCCCAGCACGGGCAUAUUACACAGAUAGCCAAAAAAAUGCGAGAGUUGUUCAAGCACAAUCAGAUGAUGGGUAUGUUUCAUAUGCUCCUGGGUUUUCUUCUACCCCUGUGUCGUAUGUGACCCAAGUCACUCCAACUAGAGUCAAACAGGAAACCCUAUUAAUGCCCUGGUAUUCUGCUGAACCUCAAAGAAUUGGCACAGAUUCAAAGUCCUACUCAAGAUCGUUAGAUGAUAUCCUGAACUCCCAUACAGAGAGGGAACAACCACCUUCUGUUCAACGGCGUCAGAGCUAUGAUGAUCUAGCGCCAAGGAAACCUGCAGGAGCCUCAGAUGACAAACCACAGCCAGUGGUCGUCAAUCUCUCCACUUCGCCAAGACGUUAUGCAGCCUUAUCAAUGUCUGACAACUCGUUGAUUGACCAAAGCCCCCCACAGACAUCAAAGAACACUGCUAGCAAACAGUGGUUAGUCACACCUGAGAUUACAAUCACUGAUAAUGACUUCCGGACGGGGAAUCUUAGGACCACUGAGGGACGGUCUGCCAGUUGGGACAUUCUGGACUCUAGAGGCAGUGAAGGUCCAGAACUGUGUCAGCGUGACAUUAAAGGCUCAACCAAAGACAAGCCACAUGACAGUGGCUCUCUUCAGCAAAGCCUUGAACAACUUGAUGAGUUGCUGGCUGAUCUUGUUACUGACUACAAACCACCCAGCAGAAGGGCAAGUGAGGACAUAUUAGAUCAGCUAAAGAAGUUAAUUGAUGAGGAAGAGGCAGUGUCUCUGUCCAGGAAGAGUUCAGUGGCUGCUGCGGAAGGACCGCCUCCUCUCGACAAGCAGCCAACGUCAGUCAGAUUAAAUCCGGAUUCUUUUCAAACCAUGGAUGGAGCAAGUGAUGCAAUGAAGAGUGCGGACGAGUGCUCCCCAGAUCAGAGCCCAGAUGAGGAUGAUACAAUGAUGUGUUCGAAUAACAAAUGCCGAAGAACUGAAACUCUGUUCAAUGCCUGCCUUUACUUUAAAUCCUGCCACAGCUGCUACACCUACUACUGCUCUCGCAACUGCCGAAGGGAAGACUGGGACAUUCAUAAAGAAAGCUGUGUGUACGGUAGAAUUGGCAGCUCAUGUCGACAUAUCAUCAAACAUUGUCGUGAGGCUAUUGAAGUCCACAAAGCCUUUUCCCGUCUUGCCAAAGUCGGUUACCUUUCUCGAGGCAGAGGAGUUCUCUUCCUCGGUUUCCCAAACACUAUGUCUUCCAGUAACUUUUUGCAGUCUGGCCUGGAUAGCCUACCUAUGUCACCAACAUACUUGUCCCUCCGGGAGCUUGAAAGUUUCCAGGACAACCUUGGCGAGUACUGUAAAGAGCUGCAAGAAGCUGGAAAAGAAUAUGACCCAAAUGAAUGUUUUAUCUUGAAUGUGUCCAUUGCUGUCGGUGAGCAGCUGCCUGAUGGGCCUUCGCCAAGGAACCAAGCUCCAGCAGUCAGAAAAUAUGCAAAGGUUGCUCUGGCUUCUUUUAGUCCUGACAGAAAGAUCUACAAGAAAGAGGCUGAGAUGGAGACGCUGAUCUUAACUCCACCGCCGGGAACAGCAGACAUUGACAAAGCUGGAGAAGAAGGCAGGAAGGCCAGAGAGAUCUGUUUUAUCAAUAUACAACGAGAGUUAAGGAUUCGAGGAGUAUUCCUACGCCACGAGUACCCUCACGUGUAUCAGCAGCUCUGUGAGUUUGUGGAAAAUAACCUAAGAUUCACCCCCACCACUAUUUAUCCGAUUGAUAAGAGGACAGGUAAACAGUUCAUGUGCAUGAUUAUGGCUGCGUCUGAGCCAAGGACUUUGGACUGGGUAGGAACACCGCAUCUCCUUGAUGACAUCAUUUAAAUACAUAUUUACAUCAAGUGGAUAUUUACAGUAUAUGUGCAUGGAGCACGCAGACACACACCGUUUAUUAUGUACAUUUAUUUUUGGCUUGUCAGUAUAAUUUUUUACCAGAAUUUUGUACAGUACAUUUUUUUAACAUAGUACAUAGUUUUUAAUCCAAUACUUAAGAGUGAUUUAUCUGUAUAUUGGCCGCUUACUGUUACAAUGUAUUUUCUUCAUUGGGGAUGACCUCAUCUUUGAGGUUUUAUGAAGAAAAUAUUCAUUAUUCUUUUCUUAACAGCAAAAGAAAGUCUAUGCAAAGCAGCUUUAUGAGUAAACGAGCACACUUGGGGUGCUUCAUUAUACAGUGGAACCUUGGUAAGCAUCAUUAAUCCGUUUCAGAAAACUUCAACCGAAACACACUCUAAUUACUUUUUCCCUUAAGAAAAAAUUUGAUCUGGUCAAGAAAACCAAAAAUGUUAACACAAAACCUGCUUUUAUACUUCGUUUAACAUCGUAAAACAUGGUUUUACAUGCAGAACACAAUUUGAAAUGCAUGUGAUUGCAUAUAAAUGAUAGACGAAAGCAAUAAAUUAACAUUUAAGGCUACUUUUACCUUCAUUGGAGACAUUGUUGACAAAGACACAGUGUGGCUGCGAGAUCAACACGGACACCACCUUUGUGUUUUGCCAUGAGUUCUUCAUUUCUUAAAUUCAAUCGUGUUUCUCUGCUUUUCUUUGAUCGCGGCUGCAAAAUAACCCAAAAUGGAGCAGAAGAAAGUUGCAAGCACCAGCAUUUUGGUAAGGAAGGAAGCAAGGUGAGAGACGCUAUUGAAUUCAAGAAAUAACUCAUGGCAAAACUCAAAGGUGGUGUCCGUGUUGAUCUUGCUUUGUUUCAUUCAAGAUUCAAGAGUUUUAUUGUCAUAUGCACAGUAAAACAGGUAUAUAUAUCAUCAAGGUAUAUAUGCAUUUAGAAUAAGUUUAUCCAUCUUCUAUGCCACUUAUCCUCGCGGGUAUGCUGGAGCCUAUCCCAGCCCGGCAGCCAAUGGCAGGGCACAUAUAGACAAACAACCAUUCACUCUCACAUUCAUACCUAUGGACAGUUUAGAGUAGCCACUUAAUAACAUGCAAGAUGGCCAACUGAGAUUCAAACCAAGAUCUUCCUGAUCUCCUGACUGUGUGGCCAACAUGCUAACCACUAGGCCACCGUGCGGCCCUAAUUUUAUCCAUGUAAAACUAUAAUUGUGUUAAGUCUUUUGUGUUAAGAUGAACAUUGUAGAGAAUUUGUAACUGUGUUAGUUUGCAAAGCAGUACGGAGUCAGCCGGCGAUGACGUCACAGACGGGCAACGGAGCUGACUUCCAGUUCCUGUUCCCGUGUACUAGCAAGCUGCUAACAAGGAUGUUUUGUUAUCAAAAAUGCAUUAAGAAGACAGUUGGACUUGCGAAGUACAUGAAUAACAUGAUGACAAGACACGCACCAUAUUGUGCGCUAACCGGAAGUUGUACGCAAAAUUUUGUCUUAAAAAAAAAAUGCUAACCGGGGUGUACACUAACCGAGGUUCCAUUGUAUUACAGUAUAACAUACAGUAAUAGAUUAUAAUUUACUGUAACUAAUCCAAACUUCCUAAAAGAAUAGAUGUUGUGUAAACAAGUCAACAUGAAGUCACAAACAUAAAAUGCAAAUGGAUUUUCAAUCUGCUUAUAUUAUAUUACAUAAUAUCAUAUUAUAUCAUACUAUGUCACAUAUUAGAUUAUGUAAAUAUAUCUAUCAUAUGGUGUAAUGGAGAUGCUAAUGGUUUAGUUUUGCUUUACUGAAGUAAUACUGGACUGAAAGCUGCCUUUCCAAUGAAUAUUGACAUCUUAAUUGGUGUAAUUUGAACCCCCGUCCACAGUGCGACAGUGGUUACUUACGUCAUCCACGGGACUCCGUGCAAUUCCUCACACACAGCAGUAUGAAAAAGCAGCACCAAUACUUGUCAUUAGAAUAAAGUGACAUAGAUGUUCCGUCAUUGAUAGGAAGUACACUCAAGUCGUUUAAGUCAAUGUUUUUUGCCCUUCACGGUUUGUUUACGGUGUGAUUUACACGUCUUAUUGAUUUAACAUUAUUAUGCCACUGCUUCAUUGCAUGGUUUUUUUUUUACCAAAUCAACGUAUUGUAGCCUUGUAGCCACCUUCAUUGUUUUUUUUUUUUGCUGUCUUACGACUAAGGCUGUUUAGUUAACUCUGUAUUAACUAUGCUAAUAUACUAUUGAUAACAUGACCUUUAAAUAAAAAUACUUACUGUGAAACAUAUACCUUCAUACAUAGUGGUUUAUAAUAAAUGAUUCCUGAUACCGUU